GGCCUUUAGAAAGACCCCGCCCGACAUUCAGGCCUGCCCCGAACGCAGCACCCCUUCCCAGGUCCUCCUACCUAUCCCCUGUUGGGAUGUCCUGUCUCCCUUUCUCUCCAUAUUUCUCUGUCCUUUCCCGUGUCCUCCCCAAAGUCCAGGAGUCCUAUAAAGGGAGAGGAACCUCAGCCACAGACACCCACCGCCACUACACUUCCCCCACCAUCUUCUUUGUCCACGUUGAGUCCACACGGAGGAUAGAUGACUGGAGACUCUCAGACCUCAGUCUGGCUGUCUGGGAAAUGGGCAGAGGGAUGUGGAGAAGGAGGUGAGGGUGGCUUGGCUGGCAGUGGGGUAAUCCAUCAGGCUUAGGAUUCAAAUCCAGACCCAGCCACUUCCCGCUUCAGUGACCCUGGGCAAGUCACGGUGCAUUCCUGUGCCCCCAGGUACCUCCUCUGUAAAACUGGGUGAUAGCUACCUACCUGGUAGGGUUGUGUUGAUCAAAUGAGUUGCCAGGAUGAUGAUUAUAGUUAAUAUUGUUAUUCACCCCACUCCUCUCCACCUCCAGGGGUCCCCGCAGGGGACCGUUCCUGCUCCCUGCCUCUGGUCUCUCUCAGGUCCCCAGAAAAUAUUUUUGAUCAACUCUCUGUUGUGCAUGGGGUGAGCCUCGAGGCAGGUGGAAAACCAAAUUUCCUACAAUCAGUGACUGUGUUCCAGGUAUUGAAAGACGGAGAAGUGAGGACAGAGACGCGGAGAGACAGGGAGAGAGAAGUGAAGAGAGACGCAGAGAGACAGACGUGGAGAGACGCAGAGAGACAGACGUGGAGAGACGCAGAGACGGGGAGAGAGACGAAGUAAGACACAAAGCAAGUGGGGCGUGAGACAGGACAAGCUCGGCUGCCCCUGGAGCCCCAGCCCCGCCUUCAUGCCCGGCAGGUGCCCCAUCUGGCCCAUCCUCCCAGGUAAGCCUCAGCCUGUGCUGCAGGCAGUCUGACUCACGUCCCCCAAGUGACUCUCGAGGAACAUCUGCAGCAAGAGGAUGGCCCAAGUCCUGCACGUGCCAGCCCCCUUCCCAGGGACCCCUGGCCCAGCCUCCCCGCCCGCCUUCCCCACCAAGGAGCCCGACCUGCCCUACUCCGUGGAGACGCCCUAUGGCUACCGCCUCGACCUGGACUUUCUUAAGUACGUGGAUGACAUCGAGAAGGGCCACACGCUACGGCGGGUGGCUGUGCAGCGCCGGCCGCGCCUGGGCUCCCUGCCCCGCGGCCCUGGCUCCUGGUGGACCUCCACCGAGUCCCUGUGCUCCAACGCCAGCGGGGACAGCCGCCACUCUGCCUACUCCUACUGCGGCCGCGGCUUCUACCCACAGUACGGCGCCCUGGAGGCCCGCACCGGCUUCAACCCUCGCAGUGCGGCCGGCUCAACGAGCUCAUUGGUGGGUGUGGGCCUGCCACCCCCGACGCCAAGAAGCUCGGGACUGUCCACGCCGGUGCCGCCCAGCGCGGGCCACCUGGCCCAUGUGCGGGAGCAGAUGGCCGGCGCCCUGCGGAAACUGCGGCAGCUGGAGGAGCAGGUGAAGCUGAUCCCCGUGCUCCAGGUGAAGCUGUCGGUACUGCAGGAGGAGAAGCGGCAGCUCACGGUGCAGCUCAAGAGCCAGAAAUUCCUAGGCCACCCCACAGGGGCCCGGGGCCGCAGCGAGCUCUGCCUGGAUCUCCCUGAGACCCCCGAGGACCCGGUGGCCCUCGAGACCCGGAGCGUGGGCACGUGGGUCCGAGAGCGGGACUUGGGCAUGCCCGAUGGGGAGGCAGCCCUUGCCGCUAAGGUUGCCGUGCUGGAGACCCAGCUCAAGAAAGCGCUCCAGGAGCUGCAGGCAGCUCAGGCCCGGCAGGCCGACCUCCAGCCCCAGGCCUGGCCACCACCGGACAGUCCGGUCCGUGUGGACACCGUCCGGGUGGUGGAGGGCCCACGGGAGGUGGAGGUGGCAGCCAGCAUAGCUGCCGGGGCCCCUGCACAGCGAGCCCAAAGUCUGGAGCCCUACGGGACAGGGCUGCGGGCCCUGGCGACUUCCGGCGGGGCUGAGAGCGCCCCUGUAUUCCGCAGCCAUGAGGUGGUGGAGACAAUGUUCCCAACGCCCACUGCAUCCACCGGCAACGUCCACCUGGUGAAGAAGAUCAGCAUCACAGAGCGCAGCUGUGAUGGGGUAGCAGGUUUCCCACAGGCUCCUGCAGAGUCGUCCUCCUCACGCUCGGAGUCUGAGGGGCCCUCCCUGGCACAGCCCGAGAAGAACACAGGCCGGGUGCCUGCCUGUGAUGCCGCCAACAGGGAGCCCACCAGGCAAGCAGCCUCUCAGGAGUUGGAGUCACAGGAGGCCGGGGGAGUAGGUGGGGCCCAGGCAGGCGUGCGGUCCAUCAUGAAGCGGAAAGAGGAGCCCGCAGACCCCGAGGGCCGGCGGAGGAGCCUCCAGUUCGUGGGGGUCAACGGCAGGUAUGAGUCCUCAUCUGAGGAUUCCAGCACGGCAGAGAACUUCUCGGACAACGAGAGCACAGAGAACGAGGCCCCAGAGCCGGAGGAGAGGAUCCCGAGUGUGGCCGAAGCCCCCCAGCUCAGGCCCAAGGAGGUGGCAAAGGCCAAGACCAGCCAGGAGGAGUGCCAGCUGUCCCGGGAGCCUCGGCACAUGCCCACAGCUGAGGGGGCGUCAGGAUCCAAUGCAGAGGAGGAGAUCCGGAUGGAGCUCAGCCCCGACCUCAUCUCAGCCUGCUUGGCCCUGGAGAAGUACCUGGACAACCCCAAAGCCCUCAGCGAGCGGGAGCUGAAAGUGGCCUACACCACGGUGCUGCAGGAGUGGCUGCGCCUGGCCUGCCGCAGCGACGCCCACCCGGAGCUGGUGCGUCGCCACCUGGUCACCUUCCGGGCCAUGUCAGCGCGGCUGCUGGACUACGUGGUCAACAUCGCCGACAGCAACGGCAACACCGCGCUGCACUACUCCGUGUCCCACGCCAACUUCCCCGUGGUGCGGCAGCUGCUGGACAGCGGCGUCUGCCAGGUGGACAAGCAGAACCGCGCCGGCUACAGCCCCAUCAUGCUCACCGCCCUGGCCACCCUGAAGACCCCGGAUGACCUCGAGACUGUCCUGCAGCUCUUCCGGCUCGGAGACGUCAACGCCAAAGCCAGCCAGGCGGGGCAGACAGCCCUGAUGCUGGCAGUCAGCCACGGGCGGGUGGACGUGGUCAAAGCCUUGCUUUCCUGCGAGGCGGACGUCAACGUGCAAGACGAUGACGGCUCCACAGCCCUCAUGUGCGCCUGCGAGCACGGCCACAAGGAGAUCACGGGGCUGCUGCUAGCCGUGCCCAGCUGCGACAUCUCCAUCACCGACCGUGAUGGGAGCACAGCUUUGAUGGUGGCCUUGGACGCGGGACACAGUGAAAUUGCCUCCAUGCUGUAUUCCCGCAUGAACAUCAAGUGCUCAUUUGCCCCGAUGUCUGAUGAUGAGAGCCCUGCGUCGUCCUCUGCAGAAGAGUAGCCAUGAGGCGGUGGUCCCCAGAGGUGCCUCUCCUCGGGGAAGGGGGUGCCAGGCAGCCCCAGAGUGGAGCCUCGUCCCUCAUCCCUCCUUCCUGGUCCCCUCCCUGGCCAGCCCCCAACCCAUCCCCACCAAGGCCCAAGUCUUCAAGGCAAGUGGGUUUUUCUUCUGCUUCCCAGGGGGAGCCCCCAGCAGUGACAAGACUUCAGCUACAAGCUGGUUUUUCCUAGUACCCCAGUUCAAAGCAGCCGCAACACAGACCAGAGCUAAAUUCUUAUAUAAUUGGUGCCAGUGGCUGAUGCUGGGGCGUGGGUUUGUGAAGAACACUGAGAACAAUUGACUGGCAAUAUACGUGGAGGAGGGUGAGAGGGGAAAAAUACUGUAUUUUUAAAUCAUUGUCAGGGGAGAGGGGAAAAAAUCAGGUUAUUUGUUGCCAGAUUUGAAAGUCACUGGAAUUGCACAUUUUCCUUUGAAUCCUGAAUGUUACUACACAUGGAUCGGAUCGCGUCUGGAGUGGUGUAACGCCCCCUCGUCACACCUCCCCCUCCAUUUAAUUGUCUGGUAUAUAAUAGCGUCUUGUCCACUCCCACCCGACCCCAGACGGCUUUCUUAGUGGAAUUUUCUUCUGGUCUCUUCACACAGCAGAUCCUGUCCUUAUCACCCGGGGUAGGAAAUGUCAUUGUUUCUUCUGCGUUCUGCUUGUUGUCACAGCCAGUGUCGCCCCUAUUCAGGUGGGGUGGGGGUGGGGGGAGCUCAGGACCCAGCAGCCGAGAUGUGCCAGCAGUUCCCAUGGAGAAAUUACCCAGCAAUCCAUCCCCUCCCUGCAGGGGGACCCUGGCAGAUACUCAUUUUCCUAGAAAAAUCCUUCAGACCUGGAGACUCAGGAAAUGAAUCCAGUUCCCAGAGUGGCCGCUGCAUCCCUGGGCUUGGCACCCCAGUAACGGGGCCAUCCUUGUCCUCUCCAGACUCCAGAAUUUCUCUCCUCAAAGGAAAGAAAACAGGGCAUGAGACUGUGGCAAAGCAUUGGCGCAGGGCCAGCAACGCCAUGUGUGCUCCAUUAAAAGUUGGCUGCCCCCAAGGGCUCCCAGUGCAAACUUAAAGAGACAGGGCUUUGCCGAAAACCAAACAAGGGCCAGCUGGGUUUUUUUGGUUUAUUUGGUUUUUUGUUUUUUGUGUGUUUUUUUUUUGGUUUUCAAACAACCUACAGGCUUUCCAGAGCUGCCUGGAACGGAGCCUGCUGGAAAUGGGGCUCUCCCAGCACACGCAGUUCCCUGCAUGACCUAUUUUGUCCUGAGCAUCUCAAUGCAGUUUUUUCUCAUUCUUUCCUUUUGUGACCAAAAAGAAGGUGGGGACCAGGUUUUGAGUCUCAAAAAGUGCCUUGUGACCAGACAGUGAGAUCCCUAGCUCUUAGGUGUCCUGCCCUCCCUUGUCCAGUUCUCAGCUCGGCCAUCAGGGUUGAAGCCAAACCCCAGCAGGACAGAGCAGUCCCUUCGGCUCUUACAUGUUCAUUCAGUAAAGCUAAGUGCAGGCUUCUCUUCUAGAAAAGUAGGUUUCCUGGCUUGAUAGAGUCCUGCUUGCUUUGAUUCUGAUGGAAGGGAUGUUACCUAAGACAAAGAGCUUGGAUGAUGAAAGGAGACAUCCCGGUUUGUGUGUGUGUGUGUGUGUGUGUGUGUGUGUGUGUUUGUGCACGCGCACACACACGUACGCAUAAACUGGAGGGGGGACAGAACCCAAGCUGACUGGGGGCGAGCAUUAACAGAAGGCCACAGCUCUGGGCAGCUUUGGGAAGUGGUACAAGAAUUGUGUGCCUGUGUGUCUGGCCCUGGAGCCAGUGGGUGUGUUUAUUUGGAAUUCCCAGACGCAGCUCUUUAAACUGCGCCCCCCCCCCCGGGAAGUCCGUAUUUAUCCCUGUGCUCGCUGGUCCCCCACGCCCAUUGCGCUUGGCGUGCCAGUCCACAGGGGUCCUGCCUCUGACCCCGCUCUCUUCUCACGUGUACUCAUGACCUUGAACUUCACUUUGUGACCACGGUACGUCCAUAAAGUCAGUAUUACACUUAAAUGAAGUAUUCCUUUUUGUAAUCGUUCUUUAGAAGGUAAAGGAAUUUAAUAAAGCUACCUUAUGAUAAUACCAAA